AUGCAGCUGCAGUUCCGGAGCUGGAUGCUGGCUGCGCUCACGCUGCUCGUGGUCUUCCUCAUCUUCGCAGACAUCUCGGAGAUCGAAGAAGAAAUCGGGAAUUCUGGAGGCAGAGGUACAAUCAGAUCAGCUGUGAACAGCUUACAUAGCAAAUCUAAUAGAGCUGAAGUUGUAAUAAAUGGCUCCUCGUCACCAGCUGUUGUUGACAGAAGUAAUGAAAGCAUUAAGCACAACAUCCAGCCAGCCUCGGCCAAAUGGAGGCACAACCAGACUCUCUCUCUGAGGAUCAGGAAGCAAAUCCUAAAGUUCUUGGAUGCUGAAAAGGACAUUUCUGUCCUCAAGGGGACCCUGAAACCUGGAGACAUUAUUCAUUACAUCUUUGACCGCGACAGCACGAUGAACGUGUCCCAGAACCUCUACGAGCUGCUCCCCAGAACCUCUCCGCUGAAGAACAAGCACUUCCGGACCUGCGCCAUCGUGGGCAACUCCGGGGUCCUGCUGAACAGCGGCUGCGGCCAGGAGAUCGACACGCACAGCUUUGUCAUAAGGUGCAACCUGGCCCCGGUGCAGGAGUACGCCCGCGAUGUGGGGCUCAAGACAGACCUGGUGACCAUGAACCCCUCCGUCAUCCAGCGGGCCUUCGAGGACUUGGUCAACGCCACGUGGCGGGAGAAGCUGCUGCAGCGACUGCACAGCCUCAACGGCAGCAUCCUGUGGAUCCCCGCCUUCAUGGCCCGGGGCGGCAAGGAGCGGGUGGAGUGGGUGAACGAGCUUAUCCUGAAGCACCGCGUCAACGUGCGCACCGCGUACCCGUCUCUGCGCCUGCUGCACGCAGUCCGCGGAUACUGGCUGACCAACAAAGUUCACAUCAAAAGACCCACCACUGGCCUCUUGAUGUAUACCCUGGCCACGCGCUUCUGCAACCAGAUCUACCUCUACGGCUUCUGGCCCUUUCCACUAGAUCAGAACCAGAACCCUGUCAAGUACCACUAUUAUGACAGCCUCAAGUACGGCUACACCUCCCAGGCCAGCCCCCACACCAUGCCCUUGGAGUUCAAGGCCCUGAAGAGCCUGCACGAGCAGGGGGCUUUGAAACUGACUGUCGGCCAGUGCGACGGGGCCACGUAAGAUGGGUGCCCCGUGGGACUCAGUGGCUCACAUUCCCUGCCGGCUACACCACAGGCAGAUGGGAGUUGGGGUGGCACAAACUCUAGAACAAGCAGGCUAGUGGUUUUCUUUGUUCAAGUGUAAAACAGUGACCAGAAUAUAUAUAUCUAUACCUGCAUAUAUAUAUUGACCUGAGUAUUUAUAACUGUGUGGUGUUCAUCUAGCAUUAGGCAGAUCAGCCACAGGAAGAAGGUGUGGAGAACCCACCUGAAUCAGACUGAGACUCAGUCCAUCUUUGGGGGCAGAAGGACUCGACAUGAAAAGAAGCCAGUCCCAUGACAUUGGAUGACACGCUGCCUCCCGGGUUGGAGGCAUCUUUGGGCUCAUGGAUGAUCAGAGAGCCACCUGUUGGCCGCUGCCCCGAGCCUCUGAGAAAUGUGGAUUUUGGGUGAGCUGAGACCCAGAGGGGACCACUUGACCCAAGUGUAAAAUGGUGCUGUUCCCAGGGAAGAGGGAGGUUGGAGUGUUCGGCCCAGCAAAGGAGCAUGAGGUCAGCAAGGAGCCGAGGCCACGUCGGAGCUGAGGACCUUGUUCCAUGAACUUAGAGUUUAACUGCCGUUGGGACGAACCAUGGUUGACCCACCUGUCCCAGACAAGCCUCUGCAGCUCUGGAGAGAAGGCUGGAGAAGACACGAUGGACAGGUCACAUUCUGGCUUUGCAGGAACCCCCAAGAACCUGGGAUGGAGCGGGCAGAUGACACAAAAGGGCUGCGGUGUUCCAAAUCGUGUCUUUGAAAAAUCACAGCUUCCUCCUAAGGGUUGGCGCUCCAGCCCAGAAUAAGGCAACAGAGUGUCCACAAUGUGGUGGUGGUCCUUUCAAAUGACUUGAGCCCGUCAGGGAGGAAGGGACCCUGGGCUCUCAUGCUCAGGGUGAGCCUCCUUCCUGCCCUGUAAGGAUGUCACAUGAGGGACUGUACUCUUCCCUGCUGCCACCAGGGAAGCCACCACAAAAGCUUGAAAGGGCACUUCCAAGAUAAAUGUCAUCCUUUUUAAAAUAUAUAUAAUUGCCUUUCGGGGUGCCUCCAGAGCCCCGAGUGUAAGGCCUGGAAGAAUUGUAAGCGUGUAGCUCCGUUUCUCUGCAUCGUGCACUCCGUGGGGCCUCUGCGCCGAGACUGCUGCAUCAUUGUCACUUUCUUGUCACUUUCCUGUCCGGAUGGUCACACCAGCUGGCACUGAGCUCCAACACUGAGGUUUUCAGCUAUGCAGGGAGAGGUUCCAAUGUCCAUCCCCACUACAGAGGCAAGGAUUUUAGAAUUUGGCAAA